AAGAGUGUUCUAAGUGUUCUAUUUCCCAUAAUCCAUUGCGCGUGGCGUCAUUUGGCAUCCUCGGGAGGGGACAUGGUCGGAAGAAAGUGCUCAACAUCAAAGCAGGGAAUAAACCCCAAGAAGCAGCAACACAGUGAAGUACUCCUUGGCGGCAAGAAAGGACCAUGACUGAGAAUGGCCCUCGCUCUGAGGCGCCGCUGUACUUCGAGGUGGAGGUGGACGACGACGAAGACAAGGCCGAGCACCUGAUGGCGGAACCCUCGUCGUCGUCGGGCCGCGUGUACGACCGCACCACCGUGCUCAUCGAGCGGGACCCUAUCCGGCUGGACGAAGAGGGCGAGGAGGAGGGUCACUGCGGCGGCGAUGAGGACGGGGUCACUUUCCUCACCGAAGGGGACGACGAGGAGGGGCCCCUGGCCUUCAUGGCGGACCCGGACGCUAUGUCGCAGGGCUACGUGCACCACACCAUCUCGCCGGACCAGAUCCAGUUCACCAUCAAUCCCGGCUCCACCCCUAUGCCACGGAACAUAGAGGGCGCCACGCUCACCCUGCACUCCGAGUGUCCAGAGACCAAGCAGCGAGAGGUAAAACGCUACCAGUGCAUGUUUGGAGGCUGCACGAGGACGUACAGCACGGCAGGCAACCUGCGGACACACCAGAAGACUCAUCGGGGAGAGUACACUUUUGUGUGCAAUCAGCAAGGCUGUGGCAAGGCAUUCCUCACCUCGUACAGCCUCAAGAUCCAUGUCCGCGUGCACACAAAGGAGAAACCAUUUGAGUGUGACGUGCAGGGCUGCGAGAAGGCCUUCAACACUCUUUACAGGCUAAAAGCACACCAGAGACUCCACACGGGCAAAACAUUCAACUGUGAAUCCGAGGGAUGCACAAAGUACUUUACUACUCUCAGCGACCUGAGGAAGCACAUUCGCACACACACUGGAGAGAAGCCAUUCCGGUGUGAUCACGAUGGCUGCGGCAAAGCUUUUGCUGCAAGUCAUCACCUAAAAACCCAUGUACGGACCCACACAGGCGAGAAGCCCUUCAACUGUCCGAGUGAUGGCUGCGAGAAGACAUUCAGCAGCCAGUACAGUCUGAAGAGUCACAUCCGGGGUCACGACAAGGGACAGUCCUUCAGCGUCACGCUCACUCACCCGCUGUCUGAAGAUGCAAAUCAUUCACUGUGCCUCAGUGACUUAAGUCUGAUCUCUACUGACUCUGCCGAGCUACGAGAGCAUAUUCACAAUGCACAGAAUUCACACCUGAGCAACGUGACCCCUAUGAAAAUCUUUGAGCUCAUGUUCCAGAGCCCGGAAAACAGUGUCAGCCAAGAUGAGAGCCAGCCUAACGAAAGUCUUGCUGAACGCCUGGACACCCCCACCCCAGUCACUGAAGCUUCAUCUCUCAUCUCUUUCUCUCUCAAUCCUGCCUCCUCCUCGACCUCCUGUUCCCACACUGCCGCCGUCAUGGAGGCUCCUCCUUCAUCUCAGGCCCUCGCACCUGCCUCGGCCCCUCCCACUGCCACUACGACUUCCACACAGCCGCCGACUUUUGUGCAAAUCUCCGAGGGACCUGCCCAGGCUCCCGACCAUGUCACUUCUCAGCACUAUGUCACACUGCCACCGACAUUCCUUCAGCAGGACACCGUCGUUCAGCCUAGCGCUCUGCCUUCCCACAUCGCCGCUCCCACUGUGGUGGCCCCGCCCCCAAGCACUACCCCGGCCGUGUCUGUCGUCACAGGCGCCUCCUCAGACCCUCUGGCAGCUGUAACUGAAGCCGUGCCUUUGGCCAGCGGUGUUGUUUCCAACUCCAGCCCCGCCACCAUCACCAUAGCUCCAACUCCCAGCCUGCUGCAGCCCAGCCUAGUCAUGUCCGACCAGAACCUCCAGUGGAUCCUGAGCAGUGCCGCUAACAGCCAGCAAAACCCUGAACAAUCACACCAAGGAGGUCCAAAAGUGGAGAAGGUGUUCUUCACUACAGCCAUACCAGUGGGAGGAAAUGCUGGCAGCUCGGUGCAGCAGAUCGGGCUGAGCCUGCCGGUCAUCAUCAUCAAGCAGGAGGAGUCGUGCCAGUGUCAGUGUGCCUGCAGGGACACGGCCAAAGACAAGAGCGCCUCCACCGCGGCACAGCAGCAGCCACCAGAGGGCGCCCUUCCUCCUCCGCAGCCCCAAGAGCCUCCGCAACACCCCCCUGCCGACGCCACAUCCUCCUCUUCCUGCCUCCCAGAGUCUUCCUCCGUGGGCGGGCAGGAGGCCUCCUCUUCUGCCUCAGCUCCGACUUUCUCCACGAUGGUGAGCAGCUCCGCCUCCACCAAACCCCCGUCGUCGCACGGGCUGGCCAACAUGGACGUGUCAGACUUCCUCUCUCUGCAGAGCCCGGAGACAGCGGCCAACAUCGAGGCCCUGCUGCUCGUCACGGACGACUUCAACAUGACCACCGAGGGCAACGCUUAGUUUGUGUGCCCGGGCCGUCUACGUGGCAUUGUGCCAAUUUACACGCACGACAAGCUUUCAGUCUCUUCGCAGUAGUUUGCUAGCCGAAAGUUGAACGCAGGGAGAAGCUUUUUGUCGGUCACGAAUAUAAUCCAGUUUGUAUAUAAGAUGCUAUCCCGUCUCGUCGUACUGUCCUGACACUGAAAUCCCGAGGGAUCGAACACACGGCUGUGGGCAGGUGUGUGGGCGUGGUCUGUCCGCCCGAGCUUGGUCAAAGUUGGUUGGAAUGCACUGAGAGCUCUCCAUUCACACGGGUAAAAGUUGUCCAAAAGAUUGCAUUAGAGCCGCCUUGUCAUCAAAAAUAUGUACACACCAUUUCCCUAUAAUUUACAAUUGUACUUUUUAAUUUAUUCAAGACAUUUAAUUGUCCUACUGCUCAGAUUUUUAAUUUAUUCAGAUUAUAUACGAGUUAAUUUUGUCUUUGUUACUGAAUUAUUUUCAUUGACCUUUUUAUUUGUAACAAAGAAAAUGAUGCCACAGCUAGCUAUUGUCGAGGUGGUUUUUCGGGUGGUGACCCUCUCAGGGACGCAUCGGGUCAGAACUGAUCCCGGCUCCCUUCACCCCCCCCCCCCCCCACUUCUCGCAGUCGCCCUGCGUUUUGCUGCACUCUUCCGUCGUGUUGCACACUAACCUUGUAAAGAGAGUAACCUUAACGUGCAGCAUCGCCAGUUUUCUACACAACUGCUGUAAAUGUGUCUAAGGAAAACAGAUUUGUGUUUGUGUGUAUAUAGUGCAGUUAUUCUAGAAUUUGUAUUUUUGUAUAGACGGUGAAAGUAAUUACUGAGCUAACAAUGCAUCUUGGGUCAGUUAGUGAGAUUUUACAAUUUUCCUUCACAGAUCUGACAUUGUCCCAUUUAUCUGAAUUGUUUUGGGCCUUUAAGCGGAAAUAUUCAGUCUGCUUUCGAUUCGGGCACCCAUUUACUGCAGAUUUACUGAAGAGACAACGGAACAUUUAAACAUUCGUCCUGUUUUGUUGUCCAGAUUUAUUUAAGAGACAACUGAACAUUUAAACAUGUCCUGUUUUGUUGUCCAUCACCUUCAACAUGAAGCGAUCCAAGGGCCAGUUUAGCUGCGUUCCAAGUCAAUGUUGCAGGGUUCUCCAAUAUAUUGUACAGAAAUAAUCAAAUACAUGUAUUUAUUAGGACAAACUGCUUACAGCAUUCUAAUUUUGACAGUUUGGGGAAACCUGAUUUAACCAUUCCAGAUAUGCAGUAUUACAAGGGUCCAAUUCACAAAUGUUAAAAGGCACUAGAAGAGCAUUACUGUCACCAUCCAUGCGUACUAUAAAUAAACUAUGCAAUUUCUAGGUAAGGCAUUCAGAGUAUGCACACGGACUCCUGUCGGUAACUAUUGUGACGUGCUAGGAUAUUUUUAUAUGCACAAAAUGUUUCUUUUAUCAUUUUCAUAUACAGAAGACACAACCACUCAUGUCUCACACACACACACAUCGUCACUUACAUCAGCUGAGAUUGAACGCGGUCUGAUUUCCGAAGGACACACGAUUCUGUUUUAAGAAUUAUGUUGGUAAUAAAAUACAACCAUGUUUUCAUCUGGCUCAGAAGUUGACCUCUAGAGCGAAAGGUCUCAACUUCAACUCUGUUUGGAAGCGGACUUGCCAAUAAACCUUGGCAUGAUUCCAAAGAGAUGAGAAAGUGAGGAAAUAUUGAAAAAAAGGUGUAUUUAUAAAAAUAAAAAGAAUGUUAAAUGUUUGCAUAUAUGCUCGUUUUGUAUAAAGUUCUAUAACUUUCUCAAAUAAGGAGCAAUAUAACAAUAAAACAAGAACAAAUCUUACUGUCUCA